CCCCCCAACUGUCACAUACACAGAGUCACAGACACUUCCACACAGACAAACGGAAAUAUGUUGGAGGCGCAGAGUCUGAGGAAGGCGGUGGUGCCGUCUGCGCUUAUUGAGAAUCCCUCUCCUGGAAACCUACAGUCCACGCGUCUCGCCCUCCAUGUUAGUGUGGACGGUUCUUCCUGUUGGGCCUACGUUGCCUCUGGUUGCCACAUUUACAAACUCCAGAUACCUCUGGAAGAUACUUUUGUGAGCAAAGGAAAGGAAAGCCUUCUGAUCCCUGUGCAGACUCAGGUUAUGGACUCUUUCAUGGUUAACCGCUGUCCCCAUCGUUCAGAAAUUCAGAGUAUUGUGCUUACAGAAACUGAGAGCUCUGGCUACUUAAUGUUGGGAAGUGUAGAUUCGUUUGGUCACCUUAUCGUAUCUAAACAAGAUACAACUGGUAAAGAUAUUAACAGGGUCACAUAUUCGGUAUUGCCUCGAGACGGUGGUGUUGGUGAGGGCAGUUGGGCAGGGCUCUGUUUCAGUCCAAGUCAAUGGUCUAUGGCUGCAGUGGCACGUAGCUUCUGCAAAACUGUUGAUGUUUACGACCAGGAUAUCCAUGUCCGCACAUUACGUACGCUCUGGUACCCAUCUUCAUUGAACUUUAUACAAAAUCAGUGUCUAGCGAAUGAAAGUUCUAUAUUAGUUGUUGCUGAAGGCUGCCAGCUGACUAUAUGGGACUUAAGAAUGAAAGAAAAUGGGGGUUGUCUACAACGUAUCUGUAGCUCCCCUGGUGACAUCUUCUAUGCUGUCUGUUGUUCUUCAACUGGUAAUGUUGCAGUGGGUGGGGCUGAUCGUACGGUGACCAUCUAUGAUCCUCGCAGAUGGUCAGCAUUAUCAAGAUGGGUGCACUGCUCAAAAUAUGAGAUUACUGGGCUUGCUUUUUCAUCAAUUGAUCCUGACCAUAUCUACAUACAAGGGAUUGAUUAUGAGGUUUUUUGUGGACAGUGGAAAGAAAGCAAAAAGGUGUUUUCAUUUAGGGGUGACUCAAACUGGCUUGGUUUCAGUAAGUGCCCCAACAGGGAUGUUUUAGGCGGAUGGUGCGACUCAGGCAGCAUCCUUGUUGCUGAUGUUGUAGCUAAAGAAAGUGAAAUGUAAAUGCCGAAAGGUUUCGUCAACGGGUAUCCCUAGUAUUUGGUCUUAUCUGUUUACAUGGGAAUUUCUUCUUGCAUAUGACUUCACACUCCCAAGGAAUUCUGUUAAAUCAGAAAUCCUCAUCAAAUCUGAAGCAGUCAUUUCAAGCCGUCUAGUAGAUAAGCCAUUGCCCACGCAACAUGUAUUUUUGCAAUUUUGUUUAACAGGCUAUACACGUACUUAUCAUGCUUUUCUA